CGCCGCUCCCUGAUUGGUCAGCGCCGCUUUCGGCGGGUCUCACGCUGCCUGCUGUGGCCAAUCGGGCUCUCCGCAGUCUAGAGAGCGGCCUCGCUGGAGUGGCGGUGCGGCUCUUCACUCGGAUAAACAUCCACCUUGAAGAACAAAGAACAUCAGGAGCUAAGGGUCAGUUUAAACCUGCUUGGACAAUGAAGAUGCGGACUCCAGAUUGGUGGUUUAUAUAUUCUUCAUGCAAGAGUAGUGUACUAAAGGAGAGAAGUAAUUAACUCUGAGCGUUUUCUGGUUGUCAGAACUGUGCUGACCAGUGACUGGAAGCUGCACGCAUUGGAAGAGAUUUGCAGAAGACACAAGCUUUCUGAGAGUCAGAAAGUCAAGACAGAAUUGUGCAGUCUUUCUCCACCACACUUGAGGAGGAGGAGGCAUCCUUUAUUAAAUGGAAGAGAAAGGCUACUUCAUCUGAAGUGCUUUGACCCCGAGAAAAGAGCUGUCUUCAGCACCUCACCAUGGCUCUACGUUUUGUUGCUUAGACACGCUGGGGAGUUUCUAUAGCCCUUGCAUUCCAUAUUGGAAGAAGAGAUUAUUAGACAUGAAAAAAAUGCCUUUGUUUAGUAAAUCACACAAAAAUCCAGCAGAAAUUGUGAAAAUCCUGAAAGACAACCUGGCCAUUUUGGAAAAGCAAGACAAAAAGACAGAUAAGGCUUCAGAAGAAGUAUCGAAGUCCCUGCAAGCAAUGAAGGAGAUUCUGUGUGGUACAAAUGACAAGGAACCCCCUACAGAGGCAGUGGCCCAGCUGGCACAAGAGCUCUACAGCAGUGGACUGCUGGUGACACUGAUAGCUGACCUCCAGCUGAUAGACUUUGAGGGAAAAAAAGAUGUGACCCAGAUAUUCAACAACAUCCUGAGAAGACAGAUUGGUGCACGGAGUCCUACUGUGGAGUACAUCAGUUCUCACCCUCACAUCCUGUCCAUGCUCCUCAAAGGAUAUGAAGCCCCACAGAUUGCCCUACGCUGUGGGAUUAUGCUAAGAGAAUGUAUUCGACACGAACCACUUGCCAAAAUCGUCCUCUUUUCUAGUCAGUUCAGAGACUUCUUCAAGUAUGUGGAGCUGUCGACAUUUGAUAUCGCUUCAGAUGCCUUUGCUACUUUUAAGGAUUUGUUAACCAGACACAAAGUGUUGGUAGCGGACUUCUUAGAGCAAAAUUAUGACACUGUCUUUGAAGAGUAUGAGAAACUGCUGCAGUCGGAGAAUUACGUGACUAAGAGACAAUCUUUAAAGCUGCUAGGUGAGCUAAUCCUGGACCGCCACAAUUUUGCCAUUAUGACCAAGUACAUCAGCAAGCCAGAGAACCUGAAACUGAUGAUGAACCUACUUCGAGACAAAAGUCCUAACAUCCAGUUUGAAGCCUUCCAUGUCUUUAAGGUGUUCGUGGCCAGCCCUCACAAAACGCAGCCUAUUGUGGAGAUUCUGUUAAAAAAUCAGCCCAAACUCAUUGAAUUUCUGAGCAGCUUCCAGAAAGAAAGGACAGAUGACGAGCAGUUUGCUGACGAGAAGAACUACCUGAUUAAACAGAUUCGAGACUUGAAGAAAGCAGCCCCGUGAAGGUGGCCCCUGCCCUGACGGCUGUUUGUCUCCCUUGUCCAGUGUGUACAAUGCUGUUUCAACAGUUUCUACUCUUGGGGAGGCUUUGGAGGUGCCUGUUUCCUCAGCUGAUUGUUCAGGGUAGAUGGAAUAUAAACAUUUGAAUGGAAAAAAAUCAAUCUAGAAUAAUAUAUUCAUUUUAAUCAAAUCUCUGAUUGCUUAUAUGGAAUCAGCCAUUAUAUUAAACAUUGAUCAAAGCAAGUGUAAUUCCAGAGUUGGACCCUGGAUCACCCAGGUCACCAAGUAGAAGGACCACAAGUGUCUCUUGAGACAGAACGGGGAGGGAACCAUGUCUAUGUGUAUUCAUUUAGACAGGAUUUUUCAGACACCAAAGAGACGGGAGACAAGGCUGUAUGUGUGUACACUUUGACCUCUGUCUGCUCCCUCCUCGCUGCAGAGGAACAGUGCUCAGUUUCCACUCACUGUCCCUCAUUGUGUCCCAAGCCUGAUCCAGGGCUCAUGCCCAUUCCCACUGUUGAUGGCUAGCCUGGGAGCAGCUGAGGACCAGGUGAGGUCAGCGAGGGCCAUGGGGGCAGAGAGCAUCCGUGGGUGUGACUUUCAGAAGAGAGAUACAGACAGGUGGCUGUAGAGCACUGCUCUGUGCACCCCUGGGAGAGUCGGUGAGUGUGGGGGUAUUUCACGAGCAUCUGUUGUCGUGGGAAGAAUGCAUUGUGGUGACUGGAGAGGUGGGGGUCAUAGUGGAUGCAAACCAUGGGGCCAGAGGGCUGUGGUAGGCUUUCAUCAGUAGAGGGGGAAGUGAUUCAUGCAUAAAAAUUCUCAAAUGAC